UCCUUAUCGGUCACUUUAUUCUGUGCUACAUUCCAAAACACACAUUGUACUGUGUCAGUUGCGAGCAUAGAAGCGAAAGAUGAAGUUCAGUUUUUGUAUCAUUAUUUUCGGUUGUGUGACAUAUGGAGUUGUUGCUAAAGCCAUAUUGCCGGAAAUGGUUAAAGUUGACGAAAUUCGCGUCAUCACGGAGAGGCUUGCAAAGGUUGAGGGAAAACUGACCAAGGUCGAGGGAGAACUGACAAAGGUAGAAGGAGAACUGACAGAGGUUCGGGGAGAACUGAAGCACGAAAAAGAGCGCAACGCGCGAUUAAAUCAUGGUGUUGAGCGUCGUUCAUAUGAAGGCGAGGCAGUGGCGUUUUAUGCUGUGAUUGGUACCGCUGCUGAACACAUGGGUCAGGGUCAGACAGUCGUGUUUGAUCGUGUGCUGACCAAUAUCGAUUCAACAAAUUCUUUAGGAGGUUACAGUGCCACCACUGGUGUCUUCACGGCUCCAUUGAGUGGUGUCUAUGUGUUCUCGUGCACAAUUAUGGCAGUUGAUGCACACAGUACACACGUCACCUUGCAAAAAAACAACGACCCGCUUUCAAUGAUAUUCGUAAAUGGAGUUAACGGCCAUGUUUGGGACGCUGCAUCGUCAACCGUCACCGUAGCUCUGACGAAAGGAGAUACAGUGUACGUGAAACACAUUGACAAUGAUCAUAGCUUAGCAGGAGUCUAUAUUGCUGGACAGUCCACCUUUACUGGAUUUCUUUUGCAAGUGCAAAACGACGAAGUUCAAGUGGUUGGAUAAAAAACAAAUGUUCUUCCAAAACGAAAUAAAAUAUUAGUAAGAUCUA